GUUAAAGCUGCAUAGUUAAUUAAGCAUGGAUUACUGAAACAAGGUGGUUGAUAUUAAAGUUUGUUGAUACAUACAUUUGGAAGAGUGAUGUAAAGUUGGCCUAACCAGGGACACGUUACAAUAACAUUAUCAGCAUUCUUAUAACAAGCUACCAAACACACAAGAACUUUUUGCAAACCUCGAUUAAUCGUAGGGUAUGGAAUGGCUCAGUAGUACGACGAAGAAUCAACAAUAGGGUAAAAAGAAUUCCACGUCCUGGGGCACACCCCGAGAUCAUUUGUAUAACAGGCGACAAUAGUUACGUUUCUAGGCAACAAUAAAAGCGUUCUUUUGAAGCAACAGUUGCUUUGGUGAGGGAGGAUAGGGAUUAAAGGACACUCUAGGGACGUUGUUGUUGAACUUUUGUUGGAGACAAUAGGAGCGUUACCAAAAAGAGCGUUGCUAAGAAACGAUGCUUACAUUGCUCCCGAACAAUUGAGACGUCGUUGCGGACUGUUCAUGUUACUAGUAGGGAGAUAAUAAGGAAAUUGCUAGGAACCAAUAAAACCGUUUUCCGAGACAUUACAAUAGGAACAAUUUACUUUGAGAUAACAGAAACGUUACUAGGAAACCAUAAAACACGUUCUUUUUGGACAACAGGACAAUAUUGGAGCGUUCUCGGGCACAACGCGAACGUUGUUAAGAAACUACAAUGUCAUUGACGGAAAGCAUUGUAAUGUGGUUCGCAAUUGUAUCGAUAUUCUUACUCUCAAAUUCUCCUAACGUUUUGGGAUAUACAUACAAACAAGGACGACAUGUAUGCGUACAGAACAGAGUAAUAAGCACUCCAAGGAAACAGAUGGUCACAUACUGCAAACCAAUAUACAAAAAACACGUGCGACUGUGUGAGGGUAACAGACUGUGCACCUCGUUCAGGGUUGUGUACACGACAGCAUACAGAGAGGGGUAUUCUAAUGAGCAGAGAACAGAGACGGUCAAGGUGUGCUGCAUUGGUUGGACGCAACGGCACGCGGGAGAGAGUUCAUGCAUGCAACCUAUAUGCAGAUCGAAUUGCAGUAACCAUGGUGAUUGCCUCAAGCCUGAUACGUGUAGGUGUAGGAAGGGCUGGACGGGCCCUGCGUGUGAACGGGAUGUGAACGAGUGUGCCCAUUUGCGACAUGGCUGCCAACAAAAAUGUGUCAAUAUCCCCGGGAGCUAUAAAUGCGCUUGUCAGAAUGGUUAUACUCUCCAACCGGACAGGAAAACAUGCAAAAUUCGAUUAUCAGAUGUGCCAGAAUAUGCAGAUUUUCUUGAUGGGUACAAACACCUCGUGAAAAAAGUAAUGAAACUGGAGGAAGAGAAGGGUACACUAGAAACAAAACUUGAUGUCAUGAAUGAUGACUACCGAACAUCCAUAAAGAUUCAACGAUCGCUUGAAACGAAACAAAAAAGUCUCGAAAACGAAGUGAAAAAAUUGAAAAAUUCAGAAACUACAGCGCAAGCUAACGGUGACUACGGUGAUUACUAUUCUGAGCCGAAUGUGAAGGACCGCCUUCAGUCUCUUAGUGAACAGAUAUCGAUGCUUGAAGAACGACUCGAAGUCUGUACUUGUAACAGACGGUAGACCUACUGCUAACCACAUCAUAACGUAAUAUCUCAAUGUUGCAGUAUUUUAAUACAGCUUUAAACAAUGAAUAUUGUAUCAACAUGGGAUUACAAUUUGAACCUGAAACCGUUCAGUAUAUACUUUAUUAAUAUCUAAUAUGACACGAAAGCCCUUAUCAUGCAAGAAACUCAUUUUAUCGUUCAUGAUGAAUUUGUAACAGUUUUAGAUGCUGGUUUUAUUUUCUCUUGAUAAGAGCCCCUAUUCUACUAGUAUUGAGACUCAUUCUGAGAAAAUUAGGAUUUCAGCAAGAGUGUAUCCCCCAUGUUAAAUCAAUGCACCCUUGCUGAAAUCUUCAUCAUCUCAGACAAACUCAAGUUGAUCGAGUCUCAGCAAGUAGAUCCAUAUGGGAAAGUAUUGGUAGCAUCCAUUUUGUAUAG